AUGCAGCGCGGCGCGCUGUCCCCGGUGCUGAUGCUCAGCGCUGCCCCGGAGCCUCCACCGCGCCCUCCUCCCGCCCUGUCCCCUCCGGGCUCCAGUUCAGGCCCUCGUCAUGGCUCGACCCGUCCCGGUCCUACCCCAGAGCCGUCGGGGGGGCUGGCUGCGGCGCUCGACAGCAGCCUGCGGGCAGCUGUGGCUUUCAAGGCGGAGGGUCAGCGUUGCUAUCGAGAGAAGAAGUUCCGGGAAGCCAUCGGCAAGUAUCACCGGGCACUGCUGCAGCUGAAGGCGGCGCAAGGGGUCCGCCCUGGCGGCCUGUCCACUCCCAACCCCGGGCCCUCCACCAGCCCGGGGCCAGCCCGUCUCAGCGAGGAGCAGAGGCGCCUGGUGGAGAACACGGAGGUGGAGUGUUAUGACUCCCUCACGGCUUGCCUGCUGCAGUCCGAGCUGGUGAACUACGAGCGCGUGCGCGAGUACUGCCUCAAGGUGCUGGAGAAACAGCAGGGCAACUUCAAGGCCACCUACCGUGCGGGCAUCGCCUUCUACCACUUGGGCGACUACGCACACGCACUGCGCUACCUGCAGGAGGCCCGCAGCCGGGAGCCCACAGACACCAAUGUCCUCCGCUACAUCCAGCUGACACAGCUGAAGAUGAACCGGUGCAGCCUCCAGCGGGACGUCGGCGACAGUGGGUCCAGGACCCCGGCCAGGGAUGUCGUGGGCUGAAGCACAGGGGCGCUGCCUGUACCCCACUCCCUCUGCCCCAUCUCACCCCAACUCAUGUGCUUAUUGGUAAAGCAUUUGUCACUGGUGACCAUAA